AUGGAUUCCGAUCGUAUGGAAGAGGUGCACCUGGGCUCUCGGGAGAAGGCCAUGCGCUGUGAGAGCGACAUUGCAGAGAGUGGGGAUGUCGUCUUUCAGGAAAUCGACUACUCUUUCGAUGCAUUCCAGUGGAAUGGGGAAGGGAGAGCAGGAAUAGCGAUGGAUGUGAACCAUGAGGGCAGAUUCAAGGGUGUUGGGGACACGUAUAGGCAUACCCCGAUCGUCCCUCGUCGCAAGGCCCUCCUACCAUCUGUGCCCCCUAGUCAGCUGCUCAACAGACCGCUUGUGGCACGUCUCACCACACCACCACCAGUCUUUGUCCCAUCCACCCCUACAGUCCCUCUCCAGUACCGUAUCUCUGCACCACCUAUCCCCUCCUUCGCACACCGCGAUCUCAUUGAUCUCCUUGCCAUUGUAGGCUCCAAGGUCAGUGCCGUCAUCAAAAGACUACAGGCCAUCUUCGAUCGCAAGGACCAGUUACUCGACAUCCCCCACGACCAUCGGCUCGCCCUUCAACGCAUCGGCGACAGGCUCGAGUGGAUACUCGACAACAUUGAGAACGGCUCUUCGUGGACCCGCAGCCAACAACAAAACAUCGACUGGUUUUGCAAGGAGUUUGGAAAGGUCAAGUUUAGUGGACUUGGGCAGAACUUCGAGUGUAUUGUCAAAGCUCUAGUGGAGUUAGAACAUCUUGGGUAUCUGGAUUGGAUCGUUGUUUAG